AUGGCCGCCCGGGCGAUAGGGAGCGGGUGGAUGCCCGGACGCAUCGGCGGGAGGGCCGGGUCCGGGGCGCGAGCGUCGGCGUCGGGCAGAUCGCACGACCCGCGCGCCGCGGGCGUCGGCGGCGACCGUCGAUCGUCGCGCGCGACCCGACGAGGCGGGCGCGCCGAUGAUGAUUGCCGUUGCCGCCUCGGGAAUGGGCCACGUCUCACGUCGGGCGCGAGGCUCGGCCCGGCGCCCCGCGCGGCGGGCCGGCCGGACGCCAACGCCGGGGCCCGGGAUGACGACGACGGCGCGCGGAAGAGACGGGGCGAUCGGCACGUCGCCAACGUGACGGGGAACGAUCGCGCGCGCGUCGCGUCGUCCCCUCCCGCGCGGCCGGCGGUGGGCGAGCCGACCGGGCGCGCGGGCGGGGAUGAUAAGAUUUCGGGCACCCCGCGCGGCGCCGGCGGGACCCCCGCGGCGGGGCCCACGACCGCCACGGAGCUCCGGCGGGAGGCCAGCGCCAUCCUCCGCGCGCUCUCCGCCGCGCGAGCCGCCCCGGGAGGGCUGCGCGCCACCCUGGGCGACGAACCCGCCCUCAUCUCGCGGCUCCUCGACGCGCUGUGCGCCGCCGGGAUGCUCUACCAGGCGAACGCCCUGUUCCGCGAGGCGCUCGACGCGAACGUCGUCGCGUCGCCGAUCGCGGUGGAGUCGCUCGUGAGGCACGGCGUGAGGGCCGGCAGGGCCGCGGAGGUGGCGCUCGCCUUCGACGCGUACGUUCGCGCGGGGGGGCAACCCACCCUUCGAACCUUCACCGACCUCAUCACCGCGCUCUCCAAGCGCGAGCUCCGCCGACGAAGCCGCGGUGAUCUCGGGGUGGACGACGCGAUGACAAAAACAAAAACCGAUGGAACCACCAACGACGGGAACGGGAAUCGAACCCCCGACGCCGUCGACCUGUGGCAAACGCUCCUGGCGUCCGACAAACUCACCCCAGACGCGCAGGCGUACACCGCCGCUGUGGGCGCGUACAUGGCGCACGGGUCGCCCGAUCGAGCCGACGCGUUGGUCCGGGAGAUGAACCGCCGCGGCAUCGCCGCCAAAGCCGGCGCCAGGCUGUACAACGUCCUCAUCGCCGCCGCGGGACGCGCGGGGGACGUCGACGGGAUACGAACCGCCGAGCGCGCCAUGAGGGACGCCAACGUACGUCCCAAUUCCGCCACGCACGGCGCUCGAGUCGCCGCGUACGCUCGAUGCGGCGAUUUGAGUUCCGCGGAACGGGCGUUACGGAGCGGCAUGGGGGACAGGCCAGCCGCGCGGCCGACGGUGCACGCGUACACCGCGCUGGUGCAGGGUUUGGCGCGCGUCGGCAGAGUCGACGACGCUUUGGGUUGGAUCCGGAGAAUGUCCGACGAAGGCGGCGUAUCGCCAAACGCGCACACGUACUCGACGAUAGUGGACGGUUUGGUGCGGGUCGGGGACGUGGCACGGGCGGAGGCGUUGGUGGAGACGAUGCGUGUAAACGGGGUGGAGCCCACGGCGGUGACGUACAACACCCUGCUCAAGUCGUGCGUCUUUGGAGCAGAUUCGCAGGGAAAGCACACUUUGGGGGGAAAUACGGAUGGUGGGGCGGGCGACUUCUCUGUUGGGGUUCUCGACGGCGAUGCCGACGCGGCGGCCAAGCCGGACGGUACCGCGGAUCAGCAUGCGAACUUGGAGCGCGCGAGACGCGUGUUGGAGUCGAUGCGCGCCGCUGGUAUCGAAACCACCGUCGUCACCUACAACACCCUCAUCGACGCGUGCGUUAAAAACGGCGAACCCACCGAGGCGGCGAUGGGCGUCCUCUCCGCGCUCGUCGCCGCGGGGCACAGGCCGGACGUCGUCACGUACACCACCCUGCUCAAGCACUUCGGCGAGAAAGGGGACGUGGCGGCGGCGAGGUGGCUCAUGGGCGAGAUGCGAAGCGAUCCGGGGACGUCACCGGAUGCCACCGCGAUUAACUGCCUGGUGGACGCGCUGUGUCGAAGGGGUUUGUUCGCCGAGGCGCACCGCGAGGUGGCGGCGAUGGUCGCCGACGGGCUCGCGCCGGAUCUGAACACGUACGGCGCGUUCAUGGACGGGUUCGCGAGGGUGGGCGACGUCCACGGCGCGAGGGCGCUCUACGACGCGAUGACGGGUCGGUCAUCGAACGUCUGGAUCGUCGACGACGCGGCUGGUGGAUCUUUCGCGGGAUCUUCGAAGAUAUCUUCGAAGAUGGCCGGCGCCGGCGUGGAGGUGAAGACGCCGCCGGACGCGCGCGUGCGGCUGGCGCUUGUCACCGCGUGCGCCCGCGCGGGCCUCGCCAAAGCCGACGCGCUGGAGGUGUUAGCCGCCGUCGAGGCUGACGUCGAGGCGUCAAACGCGUCGCAGGCGGAGGUUGACGAGCUCCAGGCGCGGUUCAGGCGCGAGCUGGCGGCGAGCCGGGUGACGGACGGGCGCACCGUCGCGAGGAGGGUGGGCGGGGCAGGGAGGGGGGCGCGCGUCCCGAGGCGCGUCGGCGGGGAUGAUGGAGAAGGCGGCGCUCGAACGAAGGCGGCGGAUCCGAGGGCGGGUUGCCCGAUUCCGUCGUCGUGGGGCCCGCAGCCGCGGUCCUCCCAAUCCCCGUCCCCGUCCUCCUCCUCCUCCCCGCCGUCGUCGUCGACGACGGUACCGACGCCGUACCGACGCGUCGACGCCGUCGCGGACGACACCGACGAGUGGUCCCGGGGCUUGGAGAUGUGGAAACACUGGCUCGGGCUGCCCAGCCGCUACUACGACGGCGUCGGCGAAGCUCCUUCCGACGCGACGCCGCCGACGGAUCCAUCCGCGACGGCGACCCCCGCGAACGGCGCCGCACGUGACGCCCCCCAAAACCAACCUUCAAUCGAGAAGCAGCGGUACACCAAGGCGGAUAUCGCGGAGGCUGUGCGUGUGCUCCGCGCGGCUGCGUCGAAGAGGUACCCGGACGAUCCCGACAGGGCGCUCGAGGCGGCGCUCGAGGCGGCGAACGACGGCGACGCGUUGAGCCGGGUGCUGCGGGACGACGACGACUUGGCCGCCGGGGACGUGGACAGCGCGUGA